UUUGGAACAUGGAAGCCACAUCCGUCUCUGGCGAUUGCUUUCGAGUGAAAACACUUGUUAGCUCUUUUCUGCACGAUGAGCUCCCGCCAUAGAAUGUUCUUUUGUUUCCCCACUUCGAACUGGAGUUUACACCUUCCUUUGGAGACAACAGUCUCGUGCUGCCAUGAAUUCCACCAUUCCAGCAUACGUGAUUAACCAGCCAUGGACGAUCCGGCCUUCAUGCUAUUGCAGCUUCAAGAGAAUUUACGGUUCAUGAGAUCACAGUUCGGCGCACACGUCCUUUCUUGUAUCACCUACGACGAUGGAGAGCCUUAUUGGACCUAUGUUCUUGUGACUUAUGAUAACUAUGGCAAUAUCCAAGAGUACCAUGAGCCUUUUGAGGGACGUGCCGAGUGGACCAAUCAACCUUUGGAAGCGCUUAAACAGAUUCAUCACAGAGUGGCUGGCUUCGUUACGAACAGAUUGACCCAUGACUGCUUCCCACCUCUGCGAACAUUGUCUCGCCAGCGAUAUGAUGAGGAGGUUGAGACUCCAGCAUCUGGUCCAGACUUCUAUGCGGAUGUCUCUAACCAAGACCCCCAGUCACCAGAGACUUCGCAGUUCCUUCAGGGAUUCGGGGAGACUCCAUAUUAUCAGACUCAGAGACUACGUCCAGCUCACUUCCCUCAGCCUUCUCCGCUAUUGGGAUCAGAGAUCUGGCCCUCGACCAACCAUGCAACCUCCCGUAGCGAGCAUAUCAAGAAACAGAGAAAGGAAGAUGAGCAGGUCGACAAAUCUCGCAAGCUGGGUCCGGCUCACUUUCCUCAGCCAUCUCCUGCGCUUGGUUCCGAGACGUGGUCUUUCACACAUGAGGCCCAACAGAGAAAGUCUGCUCGACCUGCACACGAUGUGACAGACUAUGUCUUCGGCAUGGAUGGGCUAUCGCUUCGAAAGCAGCCUCUUACUGCCUCUCAGCGCGAUCGUGAUCUUGGAAGAAGAAUUGAACCUCAGGAUCAGUCUCAGACAACCAAAUCUGUCAUCAACACUGCAGCUUCUGGGCACAAGAUGCCUUCCAUCGGAGACAACCAGCAGAAGCAACUUCGUUCAAGGAACCACGCCAUACCCAGCAAGCACAGAGAAAGUGUACAAACCAGUCAACAUCAACUUUCAAGCCAUUCAAAGUACCAGGAUGCACCUCCAUGGACCCAAAUCUCACAGGGGCGUUCAACUCUCCCAAAGUCCAACAAUAAUCAAUCGACACACAUCCAGACUCUACCUCAGCCUCUGAGUUCCCAUCCCCCUCUAGAAAAUCUGCCAGUUCAGAUCAUGGUCGAUAAGGAGACAUACGACAUCAGUCAAACAGAUCCUGCCGAGUUUAGACGUAGACUCAGCCUUGCUCAACUGGCUUUGAAGGAAAAGCCAAACCGUGACCUUGAUCCUCUAACUCGUGCCGAGCUUGAAGCUCAAGACUUCUUCAGAGAAGAUGAGCACAAUUCAAAGCGAUCAGUCGCCGACACCUUAGCUUCUCUUGAAGAAGCCCUUCGCUUCCAGACAGAGAGCAACCGCAGCCGUUCCCACACAGCCCCUGAUCUGAGUACUUUGCCCCUCGACCUGAGAUCCCCUGCAUCCGACCAGACCAUCACUCCUGUCGACAUGUUUGGCCGUCGUCACAGACCUUUCACCAACGCAUAUAGCAAGGGUGACAUUCCCCCGUCCGCCCCAUCCUCUCCGAGCACAUCUCGGCCUACAUACUACCCUGCCUAUCCACCCACCCUCGCAACCUCACGCUCCGAAGCCACAAUCCGCAGGAACCUGUCCAAUAGCAACGAUACCAUGCGCAGAAACAUCAGCAACAGCAACGACGACAUGCGCAGGAAUACCAGUGGAAGCAAUGAGACUAUCCACAGUAUCGCUCCUUUCAACGACGAAGAAGCAUCACUCGGAGCCGCACAUGUGUCAGAGGACCAAGGAGAACAUGAGAGAGAUUCACUCACCCUCAAUGAUAGGGCUAGGAAUGCUGUUAGAGCAGUGGGUAGAAAAGUCAGUGAUACAAUGGCUUCUAGACGGUUGGGUUCUAGACUCUGAUUGACGUCGAUAUCUCGAGCCUGAGAUAUGAGAAUCAGACAUGCGAAUCAGAGAUGAUGAGUUGCAGGUUUUUUCUUUUUGGCAGCGCUGCGAUGGAGGAAAUUGGUCUGCGGACAUUUUGAGUUUGCAGAAACAGAGAAGGUGUAUCUGGAAAAGGAAAGAGUGACCCAUCACAGUCUUUACAAUUAUCAGCAGUAGCUCUUUCUGACCCAAAAAAAACUACAGAUUUAUUCUUUCAUUUCAAUCCUCGCACUUGAAUCUUGUGCUGACCAAAUUCAUACAUGUGUACAUGUCAAUCUCAAGAACCCAAGUGAUACUCGCGAAUGAUCCUCCAUAACUCAGUGCUCGGUUGAAAAUACUCCUAGACCAUUUCGGAUAUGGGCAAGACUCCUCUUUCCAGAACAAGUCCUUUAAAGACAGCAAUGC